UGCCGGAAGUGAGCCGGUGUUUGGUCGCUCCAGUUCCGGGGGCCGGGGAUGGAUCGGUUCGUGUGGGCGAGCGGACUCUUGGAGAUUAACGAGACCCUGGUGAUACAGCAGCGCGGAGUCCGCUUGUACGAUGGUGACGACAAGGCAAAAUUUGACUUAGGGACACUUCUUCUUAGUACACACAGACUACUAUGGAGAGACCAUAAAAAGCAUGAUUGCUGCAUCGCUUUAUCUUUGUCACAGAUCAUUUUCUUUGAGGAACAGGCAGCCGGAAUAGGAAAAAGUGCCAAAAUAGUAGUUCAUCUUCAACCGGCUUCUCCCAACAAAGAGCCUGGUCCAUAUCGGAGUAGCAAAUACUCUUACAUCAAGUUGUCUUUCAAGGAACAUGGACAGAUUGAGUUUUAUAGACGAUUAUCAGAAGAAUUGUCUCAAAAGCGAUGGGAGCGAAUUUCAGUAUCUCAACCGAUGCAGUCACCCAGUAGAUCACAAACAGGAAAAGUGAGGGCUGCUGGAAUUGUGGGUAUUGAAAGGAAGUUGGAGGAAAAACGAAAGGAGACCGACAAAAACAUCUCUGAAGCUUUUGAAGAUCUCAGUCAACUUAUGAAAAAGGCCAAAGAGAUGGUCGAUUUGUCAAAAUUAAUAGCAAACAAAAUCAAAGAUAAGCAAGGUGAUAUUUCUGAAGAUGAGACUAUCCGUUUCAAGUCCUAUUUGCUGAGCAUGGGCAUAGCUAAUCCAGUUACCAGAGAAACACAUGGAUCUGGAACACAUUACCACAUGCAAUUGGCUAAACAGCUGGUGGAAAUGUUGCAAGUGCCAGUUGAGGAACAAGGUGGAAUGAUGGCACUGACAGAGGUUUAUUGCUUGACAAACCGAGCUCGAGGGAUGGAGCUUCUUUCACCAGAAGAUUUGGUGAAUGCUUGCAAAAUGUUUGAGGCCCUGAAUCUACCAAUGAGGUUACGUAUUUUUGAUAGUGGAGUGAUGGUGGUUCAGUUACAGUCCCACAAUGAGGAUGAAAUGAUUGCUUCAGCUGUGGAGACAUUUAGGUGGAAAUCGGGAAUAGCAAGGAAAAGAAGUUACAGGUGGAAGUUCCCUGCAGGCCCCUGAAGAUUUGUCAUGCUGUAGUACAAAGUAGAAAUGAUAGAAUGAUUUUGGCACGUAAGAAUAUGAUAGUUAGCAACUCCUUUGUCUGUCCAACUGUCUUUCUCUCUCUUUGGGCUCUAUCCUAUCGUUUACUCCCUAUCCCACCUACCUUCCUAUUUUUCUGCAUAUAAACUGACAUUUUCCCAGCCACCAUCAGUUCUGAGGAAGGGUCACCGGACCCGAAACGUUGUCUCUGUUUUCUCCUCCACAGAUGCUGCCAGACCUGCUGAGCUUUUCCAGCAACUUUGUUUUUGUUCCUGAUUUACAACAUCUGCAGUACUUUUGGUUUUCUCCAUAGGAGCAGACCGUUUUCGAUCUACUAAUGUGUAAUGAGGUAUAUUUAUUGAGAUCUCGUUACGAAUCCCCUGGAUGAUUACAAAAGGUAGAAUUUCAAAUUCAGUUUGAGGAAGAGCAACUCUGGUCCUGACAUAUGUCCUCAACUUAAAUAGAGGUAACUGCAGAAGUAUGAAGAAAGAGUUGUCUAAACCAAGCUGGGAAAAUAAACUGAGGGGAAGGUCUGUGGAUGAGGAUGGGUAGAUAUUUAAGCAGGUACUUUAUAACAUGCAGCAAAAAUGUAUUCAGGUCAAAAAGAAGAAUGAUGAGCUACCUGUGGUGUCCAAAAGUGAUCAAGGAGAGCAUCCAAUCAAAAACUAAAGCAUAGAAAGCAGUGAAAACUUGUGGAAUGCCAGAGGACUGGGAAUUGUUUUUGAAACCAGCAACAGAUGAGAAAAAAAUACUAAUAGAGAGGAUAAAAGUUUAUUAAGGAAGUAAAUUUGCAAGAAAUAUAAAAAUAAGCAGCAAGAGCUUUUACAUAUAUAUAAAAAAAGUAAGUAAAGAAAGUGUAUGUUUAGAGAAUACAACUGGAGAAUUGAUGACUGCGUGCAAGGAAAUGUUAGGUAAUUUAAACCAAUAUUUACAUCUGUUAUGGUGGAGGCCACGAUAAAUAUCCCAAAGAUAACAGAUAAGUAGGUGCUAAAGGGAGGAAAGGUCUUAUAAAAGUCUCAACCACAGAGGACAAAAUAUUUGACAAGCUAAUGGGACUGAAGGAGAACGGGGUUGCUCGAUCCUGAUCGCAUGCACCCACAAGUUUUAAAGGAAGUGGUUGCAAUGGUGAUGGAGACUUGGUUGAAGUAUUUCACAACUCUGGAUUCUGGGAGGCCCUCCAAUGGAUUGGAGAGCUGCUAACAUGAUACUACUGUUCAAGAAGAAAGGUGACUCAAAGCAAGAAACUAUAAAUCAGUUAGAUUAACAUCUGAAAUUGAGAAACAUGUUAGUGUCCAUUUCUCCGGAAAAAUUAUGGGUGUUUAAAAACCUUAACACGAUCAAACAGAGUCACUAUAGUUUUAUGAAAGGAUAUUCCUCGUUGGCGAAUUUACUAGAGUUCUUUGAAAAUAUAACAUGCAGACCUGAUAAAGGGACCCAGUAGGCGAUUUCCUCAAGACAUUUGAUAGGAUGCCAUAGGAUGCUGAAGCCUGGAAGACAUGGUGUUGGGGAAAAUGUCAUAGCAUUUGGUUAACGCAGAAGACAAAGUCAAGAUCAAUGCAUCUUUCUUAGGUUGGCAUAUGUAAAGAGUGGAGUGUCAGAAUGAUCAUUCCUAGCGUCUCAAUUAUUUGCUAUCUGUAUUAAUGACUCAGAGGAGGUGACAGUGUAGUGUAUCCAAAUUUACUGAUGAUACAAAGCAGAUAGGAGAGCAUGUUAUGAUAAGGACAUGUGAAUAAUCUGCAAAGGGAUAUCAUAUAGAUUGAGUGAGUGGCCAAAUACUUGGUAUGUGGAGAUGAAUGUAGGAGAGUGUGAGAACGUGCACUUUGGUGAGAAGAAUCAAAAGUUGGUCCAGCAUUUAAACAGAGAGACACUUCAUAAAGGUACGGCACAGAAUAAUCUCGUUCUUGUGCAUGAAACACAAAUGAUUAGCAUAUAGGCGCAGCAAGUAAUAGAGAAGAGAAAUGGAAUUGUGGCUUUUAUUAUCUCUAUUAUCCCAUUAUCUCUGUGGCUUUUAUUGCUGGGUGGGUGUAAUUUGGAAAUAAGGAAGUCUUGUUAUAACUGUACAGGGUUUGGUGAGGCUGUAGCUCUAGUACUUUGCAAGGUUUUGAUUUCCAUAUUUGAGAGAAUGUACUGACGUUGGAGGCCAUUCAAAAGAGCUGAUUCAAGGGGUGAAGGGGUUGACUUUUAACGUAUGCUGAAACAAGUCAUUUCUUUAUAUGUUAGAAUUUAGAAGAAUGAGUGGAGAUGUUCCUAAAACAUACAAGAUUCUGAGCAAGCUUAACAGAUUAGAUAUGGAAUUUCAAACUGAGGGAUGUAAAUACAGAAUAAAAGAACUCUCAUUUAAAAUUGAGAUGAAAAGGAAUGUCUCCUGUCUAACAGUAGUGAAUGUCUGGAAUUCACUACCGCAGAGAAUUGUGGGCUUGAGAUCUCUGAAAGUGAUUAAAGAAGAGGUAGAGACAUUUUUGCAACGUUGGGGAGUUGAGGGCUAUGAGAUGAUCUUACAGAAUGGUAAGACAGGCUAAAAUGCUGAAAUGGCCUACACCUGUGCCCAUUUCUCGUGUUUACAUGUAGAGAACUGCCUGUGCUGCGCACACAGCACAUUGAUAAACCACCAGAGUAUAAAUUUUCAGGCUGUUUAAACACCCACCUAACAAGUUGUCUAUCAAAUCUGUGUGGGUAUUUGUCUUU